AUGACAACUCCGGGCCAGGGAAUACCUGGGACGCCAGGCGGCUAUGUUGUGUUCGGUCCACAGGCCAAUUGUACUCUCGAUGUCUGCCCUGUCGAAUGGAGUGUCUACAAGUAUCGACCUUCCAUCGCUGCCAACUCUGUCUUCAUAGCCCUCUUUGCUAUAGGCAUCAGUAUCCAUGCAUUUCUUGGCGUUCGUUGGCGUCAGUGGAAUUUCAUGACCCUCAUGAUCUUCGGGUGCCUAGUUGAGAUUGGGGGCUAUGCUGGUCGCCUUGUUCUCUACAAUAAUCCUUUCUCUUUCGGCGGCUUCAUGGACCAGAUCGUCCUCAUUACCAUUGCCCCUGUGUUUUUCACGGCUGGAAUAUACAUUACCCUCUCCAAGACCAUCAACUUCUUGGCCCCUGAAGUUUCACGCAUCAAGCCCGAGCUAUUCUAUUGGAUCUUUAUCCCUCUCGAUAUCGUCUGCCUUAUUCUCCAAGCUGCCGGUGGUGCCAUAUCUGUCGUCAGCUCUGGAGGUAGCCAAACCGGUGUCGAUAUUGCCAUGACUGGUCUAGGGCUCCAGGUCGGCGGCCUGUUCUUCUUCAGCGCCUUGUUCAUCGAUUACGUGACUCGAUAUGUCCGCAAAAAGCCCUCAUCACCUUUGGGAACAAGAAUGCGCGUCUUUUUGGGUUUCCUGGGUGCUGCGAUCCUUCUCAUCUUCACGCGUUGCGUAUACCGUUGUUAUGAGCUGAGCAAGGGCUACGUUCACUCUAACCUAAUUACAGAUCAGGGCCUCUUCAUUGGCCUUGAGGGAGUCUUGGUUGUUAUCGCUUCGUUCUGCCUCUGCAUUGGACACCCUGGUCUUAUUUUUGGUCGAGACGAGCCCAAAGCUAUGUCUCUUCAUACAUUCGAUGAGUCCACGAAUACCGAAUCUAAGGCUUAA